AUGGCCGACCGGCCCGGCCUGUGGCCAGCGCUCCUGGGCAUAGUCCUCGCCGCCUGGCUCCGCGGCUCGGGUGCCCAGCAGAGUGCCACAGUGGCCAACCCGGUACCCGGCGCCAGCCCAGACCUGCUUCCUCACUUCCUGGUGGAGCCCGAGGACGUGUACAUCGUCAAGAACAAGCCAGUGCUGCUGGUGUGCAAGGCUGUACCCGCCACACAGAUAUUCUUCAAGUGCAACGGGGAGUGGGUGCGCCAGGUGGACCACGUGAUCGAGCGCAGCACAGACGGGAGCAGUGGGCUGCCUGCCAUGGAGGUCCGCAUCAAUGUGUCAAGGCAGCAGGUGGAGAAAGUGUUCGGGCUGGAGGAAUACUGGUGCCAGUGCGUGGCGUGGAGCUCCUCUGGCACCACCAAGAGUCAGAAGGCUUAUAUCCGCAUCGCCUAUUUGCGCAAGAACUUCGAGCAGGAGCCACUAGCCAAGGAGGUGUCUCUGGAGCAGGGCAUUGUGCUGCCCUGCCGCCCACCAGAAGGCAUCCCCCCAGCUGAGGUGGAGUGGCUCCGGAAUGAGGACCUGGUGGACCCGUCCCUGGACCCCAACGUGUACAUCACACGGGAGCACAGCCUAGUGGUGCGACAGGCCCGCCUGGCUGACACGGCCAACUACACCUGUGUAGCCAAGAACAUCGUGGCACGUCGCCGCAGCGCCUCCGCUGCUGUCAUCGUCUAUGUGGACGGCAGCUGGAGCCCAUGGAGCAAGUGGUCAGCCUGUGGGCUCGACUGCACCCACUGGAGGAGCCGUGAGUGCUCUGACCCAGCGCCCCGCAAUGGAGGCGAGGAGUGCCAGGGUGCUGACCUGGACACCCGCAACUGUACCAGUGACCUCUGCGUGCACACUUCUUCGGGCCCGGAGGACGUGGCCCUCUAUGUGGGCCUCAUUGCUGUGGCCGUGUGCCUUGUCCUGCUGCUGCUUGUACUCAUCCUCAUUUAUUGCCGGAAGAAGGAGGGGCUGGACUCGGAUGUGGCUGAUUCGUCCAUCCUCACCUCAGGCUUCCAGCCCGUCAGCAUCAAGCCCAGCAAAGCAGACAAUCCCCACCUGCUCACCAUCCAGCCAGACCUCAGCACCACCACCACCACCUACCAGGGCAGUCUGUGUCCCCGGCAGGACGGGCCCAGCCCCAAGUUCCAGCUCACCAAUGGGCACCUGCUCAGCCCUCUGGGGGGUGGCCGCCACACGCUGCACCACAGCUCGCCCACCUCUGAGGCCGAGGACUUCGUCUCCCGCCUCUCCACCCAGAACUACUUCCGUUCCCUGCCUCGAGGCACCAGCAACAUGGCCUACGGGACCUUCAACUUCCUCGGGGGCCGGCUGAUGAUACCUAAUACAGGAAUCAGCCUCCUCAUCCCCCCAGAUGCCAUACCACGAGGAAAGAUCUACGAGAUCUAUCUCACGCUGCACAAGCCAGAGGACGUGAGGUUGCCCCUAGCCGGCUGUCAGACCCUGCUGAGUCCCAUCGUUAGCUGUGGGCCCCCUGGAGUCCUGCUCACCCGGCCAGUCAUCCUCGCCAUGGACCACUGUGGGGAGCCCAGCCCCGACAGCUGGAGCCUGCGCCUCAAGAAGCAGUCUUGUGAGGGCAGCUGGGAGGACGUGCUGCACCUGGGUGAGGAGGCGCCCUCCCAUCUCUACUACUGCCAGCUGGAGGCCAGCGCCUGCUACAUCUUUACUGAGCAGCUGGGCCGCUUUGCCCUGGUGGGAGAGGCUCUCAGUGUGGCCGCAGCCAAGCGCCUCAAGCUGCUUCUGUUUGCCCCAGUGGCCUGCACCUCCUUGGAGUAUAACAUCCGAGUCUACUGCCUGCACGACACCCAUGAUGCACUCAAGGAGGUCGUGCAGCUGGAGAAGCAACUGGGUGGACAGCUAAUCCAGGAGCCUCGCGUCCUGCACUUCAAGGACAGCUACCACAACCUGCGCCUAUCCAUCCAUGAUGUGCCCAGCUCCUUGUGGAAGAGCAAGCUCCUUGUCAGCUACCAGGAGAUCCCCUUUUAUCACAUCUGGAAUGGCACACAGCAGUACCUGCACUGCACCUUCACCUUGGAGCGCGUCAGUCCCAGCACCAGUGACCUAGCCUGCAAGGUGUGGGUGUGGCAGGUGGAGGGCGACGGGCAGAGCUUCAGCAUCAAUUUCAACAUCACCAAGGAUACAAGGUUUGCUGAGCUGCUGUCUCUGGAGAGUGAAGGGGGGGUCCCAGCCCUGGUGGGCCCCAGUGCCUUCAAGAUCCCCUUCCUCAUUCGGCAGAAGAUCAUUACCAGCCUGGACCCACCCUGUAGCCGGGGUGCCGACUGGCGGACUCUGGCCCAGAAACUCCACCUGGACAGCCAUCUCAGCUUCUUUGCCUCCAAGCCCAGCCCCACCGCCAUGAUCCUCAACCUGUGGGAGGCGCGGCACUUCCCCAGCGGCAACCUCAGCCAGCUGGCUGCAGCAGUGGCUGGACUGGGUCAGCCAGAUGCUGGCCUCUUCACAGUGUCGGAGGCCGAGUGCUGA